AUGUCUGCCACUGGGGAUCCAGCUUCUGCUUCAGGUGUCUCACGGCAAGAUCAAGGGGGGCAGAAGCCAGACCCUGUAACAGGUCUGGUACCAAAAGUGAAAAAAGGGGGAUCACUCCUGAUAAUUGACUACUAUUAUGACCAGGAGCCAGAAGAUGAUGUGAACUUUGAACUCCGACCUGCUGCUGGAAGAAAUGGAUGUGAGGCUGUUUUUAGUGUAGCCCGUUCUAGCUCUUCAAGAAGUAGGAAUGUUUUAGAUGUGUCCAAGCUGAUUGAAGAGGAUGUGUGGAAGACACUUGUUGUCAAGAAAAAGAAACUGAAGAAGACAUUUUUCAGAGUAAAGUUAGCAAAACCAAAGAAUCUGGACCUGACCCAGUAUUUCAUGAUUAAAAGUGAACGAUUGAGUUCAAGCGAUGAAGACAAGAAAUGA